GGCACAAUCGUGUGUGAUCGUGUGCAAUGGUGUGGUUCAUGAUCUAACCUGUGAUGUGGGUGACACGUAUAGAUUGAGCACGGAAACAUCGGAAAUUUGUUUGGUUUUGUAUAAUUAGUAAUUUAAUUCUUUUAGCAACGGAAUGCAGGAACAGUUCGUGCCAAUUGACAUUCAUACCAAUAAGUUGUCUGACUGGUUAAUCAGUCGCAGACAUUGCAGCCGAGAGUGGCAGACGCAAAUUUUAACUAUAAGAGAGAAAAUUAACAAUGCCAUUCAAGAUAUGCCUGUCCAUGAAGGCAUAACAAAACUGUUGUCUGGAAUCUAUAUAAACUAUUUUCAUUGCCUGAAAAUUAUUGAAAUCCUGAAAGAAACUGAAGCUAACAGUAAAAACAUUUUUGGAUCAUAUGGAUCACAGAGAAUGAAAGACUGGCAAGAAAUUGUACGUCUUUAUGAAAAGGAAAAUGUAUACCUUGCUGAGGCAGCUCAGAUGCUUAUACGGAAUGUCAAUUAUGAAGUCCCAAGUUUGAAAAAACAGAUUGCUAAAUGUGAGCAGCUGCAGGUGGAAUGUGACAAAAAGGAAGCAGAGUACUUGAAGGCAAGCAAUGUUGUUCGAGGGGAAUUCCAAACAUUAUGCAAGCAGCUGGGAAUCCAAGGUCAGAAGAUCAAGCGUGAGCUUGUAAGCCUGAUAGCUGAAUUGCCUGACAUCUACAGUAAACUUGCGGACAGCGUCAAGACGUUGGCUCAGGCUGUGGAAUUCUACACAGAGUUUGUGAAGUUCAUUUUUGGCAAGGAACACCCAGGUGGUUGUGUCGCUCUCCUCAAGUAUAUGAUUGAGCAUGGUAAUGUGACGACAUACGAAUGGAAGUAUGGGGAGCCACCUCUGAAGAUUGAAGAACCGCCGUUGAACAUCAGAUUUGAAUAUGAAACUGACAAUGCACAUGCAGAUGAUAAUGCUAUUGAUUUUGGAGAUGGCAGUGAAAGUGUCAUUGACUUUGGAAGCCUUGACAGUGACAACACUGCUGGAUUUCAGUCUAGUGGAGUCACCAUAGAAGAAGGAGAAAUUGACUGGGGCAUUAGUACUGUUGGAAAUGAGGUAUUUUGUUUCCAGGACUUGGAAAGUUCACAGAAUACAAUUGAUUUCAACAUUUCUCUAGAGGAGUCUGGAAUCGUGGUGGAGUGUUCAGGGACUGAAGGUGGAAUCGCCAGAGACGUGGAGGCGCUGACCCUUUUGGACAACCAAACCACAAGAAACUUGUUCAUUGAUGAUCUGAGUGAGUUGGAGUCAUUCCUGAAGGUUCGCCUGUGUGAAAUGCAAGGGCCUAGCAAUCUGCUAACACUGAGUCAGCUGCAGGCUGGGCCCCCUGUUCUGCAGCUUCAGACAACUCAGAGCAUCUCGGCUAUGUUAAACCAAGUCCAGGCUGUCAUCAGUGAGAUUACAGAUUCAAGAUCACAGCACUUAUAUAAUAUCAAGAACUCACCCAGGUAUGUUGAUCACUUGGCAGACAGACUGCAGCAGAAGCUGGAUGUUGCAGACAAAAUGGUGGCAUCCCAGAAAGCAGUUAGGCAGCGAAGUAUAGAAGCAGGAGAAGAGGCAAAGAGCUUGGAACCAAAACUGAAAAUGAUCAUUGCAAAGACAAAGGAACUUCAAGGAGAGAUUGAACGUGACAUUUCAAGGCGCUACAGAAAUCGUCCUGUGAAUAUAAUGGGCGGUGUCAAUGUAUUAUAACCUUCAAGUUCCCAUUCCAAUGAAAUGUGCAGUAUGCAGGACAUACUGUGCUCCAUCGCCUCGGACCUGUCACUGCCAUAGUUUUAGGUUGGAUGUAGACAUCAAGGGUCUGGUGAAGCAGUGGUCCCAGUAGCAGCAUGGGUAGUUCCCUUUGGAGAGGACCUAUCAGCUGACUGCCUUGAUGCCUAUGGGGACCAUAUGUAACGGCCUCAGCUUCUUCACCCCAAAACAUGCCUGAACAAGUUUCGUUAGAACAAACCUCAUAUUGUCAUAUUUUAUUGACAUCAGGGACCAAUGAAGUCUUUUUCAUAAAUAAGUGUGAAAAGACCCAGCUCAUAACUUGACUUUUAAAAGAGCAUCUGCAGAUCCACAUGAAAGUAGAAAUGUCAGAAGAAGAAGAAAUAAGUAUUUGGAGGAAAUCAUAAUCGUAUUUCCUAUAUUUGAUGUUAGAGAUAAUCUGUGAAGAUUCUUGAAUGCAUUCAGUUAAAUGUCUAAUUUAUGAGUAUAAACUGCACCGAUGUUGAGUAGUGUCCAAGUGAAAAGAUAUUAUUUUACAUAUUCUCUUUUGUCACGUAUUUGUUUGCUUAUGAACAUUUAGCUGAAA